UUCUAUAUUUCUUGUUGUGUUUUGGUGUAGUUUGGMUUGUAUUUCUCAUUGCUGCUCAUCUUGUUCUUGACUUUGAAGAAAGCCAAUUGUAUUACAGUAGAAUGAAGGCAGCUGUGAAAUUUGCAGCUUUUGACGAGCUCGAUAUUUCUCAAGAUGAAUCCAUUAACCAGCCCAAAUGCGAGAUUCCUUUUGAUCUUUCCUUUCCUGACUGCAUAAAUCAAGUUCAGAGGUUGAGAGAUACGUGGCAAAUUGAUCCUUGCUUCCAAACGUACGAUGUUGACGGUUCAGACUGUUCCAUCCUUAUCUAUCUGAGUGAGAUAGAGGCUUGGUGUCCUCGACUUCCCUGGAGAAAACACAUGAAAAAGAAAGAAAAAACAAGACCAAAGGCUGAACUACAAGACGAGAUUGAUCCACUAAUGAGRCUGUUAACUAACGAUCCAGUAUACAAUCCAUUAGCAAUACGUACAUUAUAUUCUUGGAGACACUGGAGAAAUGCUUACAGAUUCAUGAGAAAAGAACUACGAGAUAGCACUACACGAUAUGUAAAGAAGAUAUUUGUGUACAUUGGAGAGUUAUCCGACAAGCCAUCAUUAAUGAGAUAUACAACAGACCAAGUACUGAGUGCUAAUCUCAUGCAAUGGAGUGAUUUAGUGACGUCUUUGUAUAUUCUGGGACAUACUGUGACGAUAUCUAGCGAUAGACAGGAACUAGUAAACAGCCUGCUACCAGARUAUGAGAAGAAAAACAGUUGCAAAGAACAGAACUCUUUCGAUUUGGUGUUUAUAGAYCACAUAGGAAUACAACACAUGACCUCGUCAACUAAGGACAUUUAUUACAGAAUAUGGACCGAGUACAGAUGUAAGCUUCGAGUUCUUGAUCCGUUUGGUACUGACGCUGAGUUUAAUUUUGCUAAAUAUAACGACAAUUUAUUACCUGGAGGAAGAUCAUCGUUUGGGAACAUGGAACUCAAUCUCCGUCAAUUCAUGACAAGGUUUUACGUAUCUGGUGAUAAUUCAUUUUUGGGAUUUGCCGUUGGAAGYCAUGACGAAAAGCGWCUUUUCUUGAAGAAGAAAAAGAGAAUUGUGAUMUUUGGGGACAGCUCGUUUACUUUAGAGAACGAAACGCUCUCUUGGUUGAGCUUUAUAAACAAGUUUAUGCGCAUUCAUUACUUACAGAUUCAAGAUGACAAGGAGAAUAAACAGUUACAGCUGCCAUCCUACAUCAUUAAACACGACAGCAUGAAAUACGACGACUUUGAAAGAUUAGUUGCUGAAGCAAAGGCUGUGAUCGUUAUGGGAAAAAGUACAGAGAAUAUCAUCCCAGCCAUUGCUGUUGGUCGAGGUUGUUUCGUUAUUAAUCAAAAGUUUAACCCACCAAAAGAUCGAACGAAUACAGAUUAUCUUCAAGAUAAACCAUCACUCAGAAAGCUUUCAUCUAGGAAUCCAUAUUUGGCUAAAAAUGUUGGCAAACCUCACGUGAUUACACUUGAUAUUAACAAUCAGACUGAGAUGAAGCAAGUGAUACGUCAUAUAGUCAAGACAAAGGUAAAGACAUACAUCCCAUUUGAGAUAACAGCAGAAGGAUUUUUGCAAAGGUUAAAUGCGUACAUCGAACACCAGGAUUUUUGUCAAACAAAUGACUGGCCUCCGAUCUUGGAACUGCAGGUUAAAGUAGGUUUGACGGGUGAAUCGUGCCAAGAUGUUUGUAGCAWACAAGGUCUGGUGUGUGAACCUAUGUACUUUGAUGCUCUCAACUCAAUUAAGAUACAUGGAUGCCGUAAAAUUAUGAAAGCAGAGUCUGUUAUUGCUCCGGCCAAAGAGGCCAAUUCAACGAUAUGUUUAGCACAAAAGCAGCCGUUUCUAUACAAUUGUCAGAGACACAGUCCUCACUACAGAAGAAUUUGUCCGUGUAGGACAYACAAGACUGGCCAAAGAUCACUGUGCGAGGAAUGUUAAAGUAAUACAAUCGCAUUAUCGGCCUUAGGCUCGUGGUUGGGCCUCUAGUGAAACAAGCCUUGAAAAACKCCUCAGUUCUAUUUUGAAUUAAGUUGUCAUAAAGAGUGGUACUGAGAAUCGACGUUGUCAGAUGGAGCCGAUACAUUUUUGAUUCAUGCAAUGAAUUUAUUACUAUAUAUUUAUUACCACAACUCCGAUUUUUUUCCGAAUAUUAGACGACGCUAUACCAAACCAAAAACUGAACAUUGUGAGGUUAAACGCCAAUAACAGUACAUUUUAGAUUGUAAAUAUCAUUUAGUAAGGUGUUUCACAAAGAUUCAAAUAAAUAUAAAUUAAAGCUAAUGGAGAUAUAUAUCUUUAGUACUUGAAUCUAAAAUAUACUGCAACUUUAGGCUUUUCUGAUCCUGUCAAGUUAAGGGGUUCGCGCUGAGUUAAAACGACAUUUAAAAUCCAUUAAGUGCAUUAAACWUUAACGCAUAAAUGAUAUUUUUCAAGUGUACUUGUAAAUUUAUAAACACUCCUUUAAAAAUAGCAAAACUUUUAAAACGA